AUGGCGCGUGCGUGCGCGGAGCCCGCACCGAGCCGCGCCAUCGAUCGCUGCCCACCCUCCACUCCACCACCACUCACCUUCUGGGUGCAGCCUCUGCGGGUCGAACCAAGCAUCUGCAAGAGAAGGCUGCGUGUUAGCGGGUUAGUCGCGACAGAGGGUCAAGCGGGUCAAGCGAAGCUGGCGCGGGACACUCACGGGGGUCGAGGACGCUGCACAACGAGGGUCCGGAGUCCGGCAUGGUGA